AUGAGCCUCGAUCCAGGCGGAUUCUCUCGAACCGAUUCCCCCGCAAGCUCCGAUAGCUCCCUCGCCCGCUCCAGGCUCCGUACCAAUGAUGACGAGAACUUAAGAAAGGAUAAAAACUAUCGGCGGUAUGCAUCGACUGUCGAGCGAGCGUUGUCUCUGUUCGAUACCACACUACAAGAAUGGGCCGAUUACAUUUCGUUUCUGAGUCGCCUUCUGAAGGCGCUUCAAUCACACCCCCCCGACUUACCGGUCGUACCACAUAAGACUACCGUUGCGAAGCGAUUAGCACAAUGUUUGAAUCCGUCGCUCCCCUCUGGUGUGCACCAGAAGGCCUUGGAGGUGUAUACAUAUAUCUUUGGCUUGCUAAAGCCUGAAGGUCUUUCGCUAGAUCUUCCCUUAUACUUUCCUGGCGUCGCCCCAACUCUUACAUUCGCCUCUCUUUCGGUUCGGCCACUGUUCAUAUCCCUCCUAGAAACAUACCUGCCGGAACUAGAGCCGAUGACAAUUCGUCCCGCGCUGAAAGCUAUAAUCUUAGCAUUACUGCCCGGCUUGGAGGAGGAAACAAGUGAUGACUUUGAACCGACCCUCCGCACGCUCAACAAGAUUCGCAAUGUAGCUAGCCAGAUGGACACGCGGAGAUCUAGCUUAAGUGCGAAUGCCGGCGGCCAGUAUUUUUGGCAAUGCAUGUUCCUCGCUUCAAUCACGAACCCUAGCAGACGGCUCGGUGUUUUGGCUUAUCUCAACCGCCAUCUCCCCAAAUUAGGACUCGAGAAGCAAACCGGUUCAGACGCAGGAGACGGUCAACUAGAAGGGGCAGAUUCAGCAGCCGUCGUCGAGUCUGUCAUUUCUCCAGAGCCCGGUUUACUCAUUAGAUGCUUUGCCAGCGGCCUGACUGACGAUCAAUUGCUUGUGCAACGCAACUUCCUCGACUUAUUAGUGACGCAUCUGCCGCUACACUCCCCAGUUCUGCAAUCAAAAAUAAGGCGCGAUGACCUGGAGAAGUUAAUUCUGGCUGCAGCCGGGGUCGUGCUUCGGCGAGAUAUGAGUUUGAACAGGCGACUUUGGGCCUGGUUUCUCGGCCCGGAACCCACGCAAGCUCUCGUUACAUCUCCUAAUCCUAAUGCAGAAAGAGAGCAGGAAAAGUCGACAGAAAACCAAGAGCAGUCGCAAUCUCGGUAUUUUAGCAAAAAUGGAUUAGAUCCUUUGGUCCGUGGUCUUCUCAAGUCAAUCAAUCAAGACACGUUGCAGGCAUCUCAGAAAAGCCGGCCUUUGCGCAUUGCCUUGUCCCUGAUGGAUCGUUGGGAAGUAGGUGGCUUUGUCGUCCCUGCCGUUUUCCUGCCGAUUAUGCGAAGUGUACAAUCGUUCGAAGGAACAGCUGACAAGUCACACUUUGAGGAGCUAUUCCGGAGCGCAAGUGCAUUUUUCGACGGCGUCGAAAGUGGCCUCAUCUUUUCAGAACUGCUAUAUCUCAUUCAAGGAGAUACGAGAGGACAGAAUGAGCUUUUCGAGAAAAGGGAGAAUGACCUUAUGCUCGCCCAUUUCGUACUUGCGAAUUUCAAUGUCAGAGAAGAAGAGAUGUUACUUCUUCAUAUUCCUCUGUUGACUCUGGCGGCAUUGAUUGAAGCCAACGAAAUAAUAUUGACGAAUAGACGAGGUUGGCCACUGGAGCAGACUAAUCUAUACACUCAGCAUCUCUUCAAAUUACUCAAUUUGACACUAAAUCUCUUGCCUGAGAGAGCAUUUCUUGUCAAGGUUGCUUCCGAGAGUCUAAAAACCGAUCCCCGUGAACUGGAUAAUCAGACUAUUGUGAAGAAUAUUCGGCUAUUUUAUGAUCGCAGCAAGGAAAGCCUUGAAUUACCUCCCUUGCCCUUCGCUCCACAGGUUUUAUCGGAAUUAAUACUACGUGCGGCAUACCGGUUGUCCAUGUCGGUUCUUGAAAACCACCAUGGUAGUCUUUCUAUGAAAGAGACGCUGGGUAUUCUUACUGGGCUUUUUAAAAAGACACCAAAAUCUCGAAUAUUGGCAGAUGGCCAUCUAAUACGAGCGUUUCAAAAGGCUUUAGACUGUGACAGGUCACAACUCACCACGCAAAGGUUCGCCGUUGUCUCAACGGUUGUUUUAGUGGUUACUACCCUGUAUGGUAUCCAUACUCAUGGCUUCUAUGUCACUUACGAGCAGCUCUGUGACCUAUUGCCGGCAUUAAUGGACCACCUUUGGGCAUUCUUGUCACCCGAAAGCCCAAAGUUUCAUGUUGAGGCUGUCCGUUGCAUUGGUUCACUGCAUUCAAUUACAUGGCAAGAUCACGCUGUUGAGGCUGCCAUUACGUCUCUUAUGGUCGAAGUUGAUUCUCCUCAAAACGUAUCAACAUCCAACGUUCGGCAUGUUGAAAGAUUCUGUGUUCUAUGGAAUCAUAGCCUCCAAUGGGGUCACGAGUCACCAAAUCGACCUUCAGAAGGAAAUUUUGUGAAUGGAAAGGUCUUCGCGGAUCGUUCUGCAUCUCAUGUUUCCCUACUUAAACGGCCUUUGUUCGUAAUACUGGAUUUAUUAUCACAAAACUCUGAUGAGGUCUACCAAGUUGUCCGCGAUUGGAUUCAAGAUAUGCCAUCAAUCCACCGAGUUCUCCAUGUAAUUGUGUCUAAGCUUGAAGAGCUUGUAAAUGUUGAUAGCAAUGGAGACAAGGCUCAAGGCUUGAUCGAUCCCGAUGACCGAAGGGAAUGCCAAUAUUUGCUCCAGACUCUCUCCAAUCUCAUAUCAUGUCUUUCACAAAAUGGUUGGAUUACCUUAGUUUCGCAACCCGUGUCCCAGGUGGAGCAGCCCCACGAGUCACAAACCCCAGAGAGUCCGUCAGAGACCAGUAAAGCGUCUCAUAUCUUCAGUCUUUUGCAUACACUCGAUAGAGCUCGCCCAAAGGUCAUUAUUCCGGCGAUUUUCAACUCGAUAUAUAGCCGAACCAACCCAGCUGCUUUGGAUCCUACCCGCAAGUCAACGUUGGCCUCAAGUAUUUCCGAAUCUGAACUUGCGGCAUUUUUAGUCACAUAUGCUCGAUCACUAGAUGAUGAUGUAUUGGACGAAAUCUGGGGAGAUUGUACGACAUUCUUGCGUGACGUUUUGACCAAUCCGUUUCCGCACCGACAGAUAUUAUCUCGGCUUGUUGAAUUUGCCGGUAUACUUGGCGCAAAGAUGGAAAAUACCAAUUUUGGAGAUGACCGUCGAAUGAGGAAAGAACUUGGUGACCUACUGCUUCGCCUUCUAGCUGCCAUCUUCACCAGCAAACCAAUGGGAUUGUCCCAAGACUCUGGAAUUUCUUCAAGACCAUCUGCUGACGCCGACGGCUCACCGACGCCGCAUGCAACCCCGGAUAAUAUGCUCAGUAUAUUGAUCUCGUCAUUACCAGCCUUUUUGACAGCUCUUGGUGAGACGGAUCGAAUUACAAACGCAAUAUCCAGCAUCUCUACCAAUGUCAUUUCACCAACAUUGCGUUCACGACUUUUUCCGAAUAACAUGAAUCAGACUGUGCUCGAUUUGCUGCUACGGAUUUCAAGAAUAUCUGCAGCUUCGAAAGUUUGGAAGAAGGAUAUCGCGGAUGCAUUCAAUGAUCCUAGGUUUUUCGGGUCUCGUGUUGAUCUCGUCAAGAGUGGAUGGAUGAGUUUAUUACGGCAAUGGAUCCUUGUAGACAAGGAACGCUUCCCUGAGCUGUUGUCACGAUUGACACCUCCAACUACAGCAGGAAUCAUGUUUGGGGUGGGAGCGACAGCAGCGAGAUUAGAAGCUGAUCGCAAAACUCAACUCAAUUUGCGCAGGAUUGCGCUCCUGAUUCUUUCCAAUGGCGAGGAUCACUUUGUCAUAGACUAUCCAGCUCUGUUGCAGAAACUCGAAGACCUCCUUCAAGCUACGCAUAUCUCAUCACCAUCUUCGGUUACGAGAGCAGAAUUGUUCAUGGUUCUCCGAGCACUUUUACUUCGUACUUCAACGACACACAUGGCUCCGUUCUGGCCUUUGAUUAAUACGGAGCUACAAGAAGCCAUUUCUGCGGUACCCCGUCACCAACAAUCAGAGCUUUACGCGCCUUACUCUCUCCUUCAAGCCUCGAAGCUUUUGGACACACUACUGUUAUUAGUUCCCGAUGACUUCCAAUUACAAGAAUGGCUGUUUGUGACCGAUACAAUUGAUGCAAUUUAUCCUCCCGGUCGAUGGGAACCCAUAGCUCUCGCAGACGAGAUAGCUCGGACGCUGGGUCCACACAACGGAAUCUCUCCUCAGCCCGGUGAUGUCAGCGACAAACAGAGGCUCAACAAGCCGUGUUUGAAUUCCGAUCGUAUCCGCGAGACGCCAAAGGAUGAGAUUAUCGAGCGGAUAUUGAAGCCAUUCUUCGAGCGAAUUAGUAUCCAGGCGUUUGAAAGUACAUAUAGUAUGGGUAAUCCUGAUCGAGAAGCGUGUAUGGAUGAUCUGUUAGCAGAUGUAUUCAAUGAAAGCACCAUGGCAAGUUAA